GCCCGAUUAAGAUUCCCGCGCCACAAGUGGACAAGUUGCCAACUUGACCUUUUCAACCAGUAAAUAAUACCUACCUUAAGUACCUACAACAUUGUAACAAUACUACCUUACGACUUCAGCCAUACCAGUCCAGUCCAUCAAUUGUUGAAUCCGCAACAACAGCCACUGUCCUUUCUAUACUAUCUUCCAUCGGACUUCGAGAUCGAUAUGAUAUGAAGACAGUCUCGUCAUCAUGGCAGACUCUUCCGCCAUCUACAAGGCCCGCAAGGAGGCCUUUGUGUCGAACCUGUCAGGCAGCUCCCUGACCGAAAUCAACCUCGUCACACUUGUUGCAGGAUCAGCAGUCCUUCUCUGGACAGCUCUACAAAAGACCCAAUCCUUCUUUACGCCAUACACGCCCAUUGCGGCGGCGGCAGAUUUUCUGCUCAAUGUGUGCGCCAUCCUGUUUGCAAUCACGAUAUAUGCGUCUGCGCCGCUAGUGUUGAACAUAUUUUUGAUCUCACCGGCGAUUGUUGUAAUCUUGUUCAACCGCGCGACGACCCCAAAGCCGAAACCAAAGUCAAAAGCGAGAUCGAAAGCAACCUCAACCUCGAAAUCACAACCCAAACCCGAGCUCAAUUCCUCCGCCAGUGCAUCUCGAUCUUCAAAUGUCACAGUCGACAGCUCCCGCUCCCGUCGGUCGGUGUCUCUUCCCGUCCGUCCAUUCCUCACACACUACCGCGGAUCCAUGCUGGUGGUUACAUGUCUGGCGAUCCUGGCCGUCGACUUUCCCAUCUUCCCACGCCGCUUCGCCAAGGUCGAAACCUGGGGAACAUCACUAAUGGACCUGGGAGUGGGAUCGUUCGUUUUUUCCGCUGGAGUGGUUUCUGCGAGGGCGUUAGUCAAAGCCGAAGAACAAUCCUCCCAGUCCUCCACUCCCGACGCCGCCUUCAUCAGCCGCCUUUCCAAAUCCAUCCGCCACUCUUUACCUUUGUUCCUUCUCGGCCUCCUCCGCCUCUGGAGCGUCAAAGGUCUCGACUACGCCGAACACGUGACCGAGUACGGAGUCCACUGGAACUUUUUCUUUACCUUGUGUUUCCUCGCCCCGUUCGUCGAGAUUUUCGAUCUCGUCGCCCGCAAGCUGCCAGUCUUCGGUGGUGGUCAAGGCCAAUACCGCUACGACAGUCUGGCUGUGUUGCUGGCAGUCGUGUAUGAGGUCCUGUUGGAUAAGACCGAGUUGUUGAAAUAUAUCAUCUCGGCGCCGCGAGGGCCGGAUUUCCUAUCCAUGAACCGAGAGGGCGUCUUUUCUUUUGUUGGCUAUCUUGCUAUCUUUUUGUGCGGUCGCGGCACGGGGAUGAGGGUCGUUAGGUUUCGAGGCGAGGAAGCAGCGGCAGCUCUUGCUGACGCUGACGGUGCUGCUGGAGCUGGAGCUGCUGGGCCUAGUGGUGGUGGUGGCGGUGGUGGUGGUGGUGGUGGUCAUGAUGGCAAGAAUGCAAAGCACGAACAAGUCACCGACCAAGUCCAAUUAACCCGACUCGAACGUCGCGUCGUUCUAAAAGACCUACUGGUCCAAUCAGUCAUCUACUCCGCCCUUUAUUACCUGUCGACGGAUUUUCUCUUCUUCAACCUCAACGUGUCGCGUCGGCUGGCGAAUCUGCCGUAUGUGCUGUGGGUGGCGGCGUUUAAUAAUGCCCAGAUCUUUGGGUUUGGGUUGAUUGAGGCUUGUGGUGUGGAGUUUGGGUAUGGCGGUGGUGGAGGUGGAGGGCCGACGACUGGCCUUCACCGGGGUGGUCGGGCGGCUGGUCAGGAUGUUGUCCGAGGAGGAAAAGAAGAAGAAACAGAAGAAGGUGAAGGUGAUGAUGUUCAAGAUCAAACGACUUCUCGCAUCCUCCGCGCCUUCAACAAUAACGGCCUCUUGGUCUUUCUGGUCGCAAACCUCUUGACCGGACUCGUCAAUUUGACGUUGAACACGCUCGAUACGCCGCCCACACAUGCGAUGGCGGUGAUGCUUGCUUAUGCGGGGGCCGUGACGGCGGUGGCGAUGGGGUUGGAAGUUUCGGGGGUUAAGAUCCGGGUAUAAUUGACUUGGAAUCCUACGGUGGGGGGAAGGGGGAUAGAUUCUACUUCAGCAUAUUAUCCCUGACGGUGACUGAACCGACAAGGACAGAUAGAAGAGACAGGAUUGUACCGAGUACUGAGCUACAGUCUCGUAGUCUUAUACUAUACUGACUGCAUGGUAGCAUACUAAGGUAUGCUAUGGUACUUGAAUACUACUUCUAGUAUCAGUAUGGCACCAUCUUAAUCCUCC